AUGCCGGAGCCGGAGCCAGGGGCAUACACAACCUUGUCGGAGCUGGAGCUAAAGGCAGAGGCAGCACCGCCGAAGUCAGAGCCAGGGGCAGAGGCAGCAUUGCUGGAGCCGGAGCCAAGGGCAGAUGCAGCAUCACCGGAGUUGGAGCCAGGGGCAGAGGCAGCAUUGCCGGAAUUGGAUCCAGGAGCAGACGCAACACCGCCGGAGUUGGAGCUAGGGGCAAACGCACUACCGCCGAGGAGGCAACGGGGUAGACGCAGCACCGUCGGAGCUGGAGCUAGGGACAGAGGCAGCACCGCCGGAGCUAGAGCCAAGGGCAAAUGCAGCAUUACCGGAGCUGGAGCCAAGGGCAGAAGCAGCGCCGCUGGAGCUGAAGCCAAAGGCAAAGGUAGCACUGCUGGAGCCGGAGCAAAGGGCAAACGUAACAUCGCUAGAGUUGAAGCUAGGGAUAGAGGCAGCAUCGCUGGAGCCGGAGGCCGGGGCAGACGUAACACCACCGGAAGAGGCAGUGGCAGCAAAGGCAAAAUCGCCGGAGGAGGCGAAAGAGCCCAGGGCAGGGGCCUGGGCCUGGGCAGAGCCGCUACCCUGUUUGAUCAAGUGGAGUAUGAAGAGGAUGAUGAGGAACUUGGAGAUUUUAUACUAGGUAUUCCUUAUUUGCAACCUGGAGAUUUUGAGGAACUGGAGGCGUAG